GACCCCCUUUUCCCCACGACCCCCCCUCCAACCCCGCUGUCUGUGCCCCCCGCAGGUCCACACCCUGACCGGGGCCUUCCUGUUCUCCCUGGAGUCUCAGACCACCAUCGGCUACGGGUUCCGCUACAUCAGCGAGGAGUGUCCCCUGGCCAUCGUGCUGCUCAUCACCCAGCUCGUCCUCACCACCAUCCUCGAGAUCUUCAUCACCGGCACCUUCCUGGCCAAGAUCGCGCGGCCCAAGAAACGCGCCGAGACCAUCAAGUUCAGCCAGAACGCCGUGGUGGCCCAGCACGACGGCAAGACCUGCCUGAUGAUCCGCGUGGCCAACAUGAGGAAGAGCCUCCUCAUCGGCUGCCAGGUCACGGGGAAGCUGCUGCAGACCCACCUCACCAAGGAGGGCGAGAGCGUGCGGCUCAACCAGCUCAACGUGGACUUCCAGGUGGACACCUCGUCCGACAGCCCCUUCCUCAUCCUCCCGCUCACCUUCUACCAUGUGGUGGACGAGGCCAGCCCGCUGCGGGACGUGUCCCUGCGCUCGGGGGACGGGGACUUCGAGCUCGUGGUGAUCCUCAGCGGCACCGUGGAGUCCACCAGCGCCACGUGCCAGGUGCGCACGUCCUACCUGCCCGAGGAGAUCCUGUGGGGCUACGAGUUCACGCCGGCCAUCUCGCUCUCGGCCAGCGGCAAGUACGUGGCUGACUUCAGCCUCUUCGACCGCGUGGUGAAGGUGGCGGCGCCGCCGCGGUGCCACCACGAGGCCGUGCGGUUCGGGGACCCCGAGAAGGUGAAGCUGGAGGAGUCGCUGCGGGAGGCGGAGCGGGAAGGGGAGGGGGCCCCGCUCAGCGUCCGCAUCAGCAACGUCUGACGGGGGCACCGGCCCGGGGUGGCACCGAUGGAUGGAGAUGGCACCGGCAGCUAGAGGUGACACCAGUCCUGGCGUGGCACUGAUGGCUGGAGGUGACACCGACAGCUGGAGGUGGCACUGAUGGAUGGAGGUGACACUGGUGGAUGGAAGUGACACUGAUAUCUGGAGGUGACACUGAUGGAGGUAGCACUGACGG